GACCCUCACCAUAAAAAUGGACAGGCUCGGAAACUUCUAUUGACGCCUUCCAACCGACAAGCGAUUACUUUGCAGACGCGCAGUCACCCCGAAAUAGUGGAAAAUGGAGUGGAACCCAAUGGAGAUCAACCCCGAGAUGCUGAACAAGAUGAUGAGCAACCUGGGCGUGGGUGAAAGCUGGUGCUUCUCAGACGUGCUGGGAUUGGAGGAGGAGCAACUCUCUGCGGUCCCCAAACCAUGCUGUGCCUUGAUGCUGCUCUUCCCACUGACCCAACAGCACGAGUCUUUCAGGCAGCGGCAGGCUGACCACGUUACAGACGGCUCUGAGGUUUAUUUCCUGAAGCAGACUGCUGCCAAUUCCUGUGGCACGAUCGCCAUGCUGCAUGCCGUGGCCAACAACAAAAGCAAAAUGACAUUUGAAGGUGGCUCUGCCCUGAAGAAGUUUCUAGAUGAGACUGCGAACAUGUCUGCUGAUGACCGUGCCAAACAUUUGGAGAGGAACAAGGCAAUCUGGGAGGCUCACAAUGAGGCUGCGGCGCAGGGCCAGUGUAGGCCGGAGGCCGACAAAAACUUCCACUUCAUUGCCUUUGUCAAUAUAAAUGGACAACUUUAUGAAUUUGAUGGGAGAAUGAAUGGACCGGUGAAGCACGGAGCUACCAAGGAUGACUCCUUCAUAAUGGAUGCAGCCAAAGUGUGCCGUGGCUUCAUUGAGAGGGAGCAAGGCGAGGUCCGCUUCUCAGCGGUGGCGCUUAGUCACAGUUAGAGAUUCGGUAGGACACGCAUUUAAGUUGUAAACCCAAAUGUCCUAAAGCAUUCACAUGACAAACACAAUCAGCAGGCACCCAGAAAAACCUGUGAACCCACACAUCUGCAGGCACUAUAAAGCAUAUUGUUUUCACAUUCUGUUCUUUCAUCUCAAGAACAAAGCACACACUGACACUUACUCACCAUUAAACCCUUUUGUUCUACUGACGCAAACUGAGAUAAGCUUGUCCACACUGUUUUAUGUGACAUCAUUCAGCAAUGGGACUUGUAAACCAUGAGGUCAGAUAUCCCCGCUGCCUGUGUUAUUGUUUUUUUGCAGAUUUUUCUUUUUGUAUGCGAUGAAGCCUCUUUCAAAGUAAAAAACCUGAUGCUUGAAUACCUCUUUGUGCCAAUAAGUUUAAAACAAGUGAGAAAAGGCAUAAAAUGUUUUCCCCCCCAAAUACCUUCAGAUUAUAAAGAUCUGAUACAGCACACACGUGUCCGUAGGAGUAAUUUGACCAAUGUUUGAGGGUACACAGCAUCUCUUUUGAGUUUUGGUCUUGGGUGACUGUUUGACGAACUGAAGUUUGACUUUAGAAUGCAAAUGUUACUGGUGUAUUGCGAGAGUUUUGUUUUAAAAAUGAUUCAUUUGUAAUGUGUUUGCACUUUUGAAGAGAACAUUUUCACUUUAUCUACAAAUGAUCAAAGACGCUACUAGUCUGCAAGUUAAACACAAAGUGCAAAACUCCCGAAGGUGAUUAACAUGAAAAGCUGCUCUCUGCUGGGUAGUUGUUGUGCAGGGUGCUAGUACUGUCUGUCUAUGCUGUGCCCUAACCUUUAUGACCCUUAAAAUGUUG